GUGGCAUGACCAGGCGGCCACGCGGCUCAGUUGUUGUGACGCUGUGUCUGUGGAAAGUUCGUUGUGUGCGUAUGCAGUAUGUGUCAUAGUGGCAGUGCUUCGUUGUGGUUCCUUCAACUCAUUCUGCGGUGUCUUUGUAAUGUGGUUAAGCGCAACAAUUAUGAAAGUGACAUAAGAGCACGCCCUGCAUGAGUUCUCACUGUAGACUAGUGCGCUCAACAAUGGCCAGUACACCCGCAGUAGAGGUAAGCUGUUAGAAAUGACGUCAAAAUGCCGGAACCGGAAGGAGUAAUGCUGGACUCACGCAGCGCUGUGUUUAGCGCAUUCUCCAAAGCCUUCGCGCGACAAAACAGCCAGUUCGAAAAAGCGAUUCAGGCACUCGUCUCGCUGAAUGAGCAGAUCUCGACUUCUUUGGCCUUACCGGACGGUGAAGAGGAGCCCGACUUCCGGUGCCCGUCGCCACGCGAGCUCAAAGAUGGCGGCAGUGUUGCGAGUCGCCAGCAGCAAGCCCUCGACUCCUCCAUGGCCCUAAUGAGACGUCUCCUAGUGGACGCUCAGGCCAAGUUUCGCAGGAUGGUCGAAGAGAACAAAGAACUUGCUGCGCGGAUUGACGGAGAUAUCCAACAAGCACAGGAGGAGGUCGCUCUGCUUCGCGGAGAACUCGCAGACACCAGCCGUCGUCUGGACCAACACCUGAUCGCAGCCAACACACAUCUCAACAAUGCAUCUUCAUCCUCUGCCUCCUCCACAUCUGCCACAGCAGGUGCCGGUGUCAGGAAGAAGCAGCUCCACUCCGUGUCUGCUAGAAAUUUAGAGCGUGCUUCAAAAAUGCCUGCUAAUUCGUCGUCUCUCAGCACCUCUACUGCUGCUGCCGCCACCACGCGAUCGGCAACCACAACAACAUCGUCUUCUAGUGCUGUGAAAUCCACUGGUGGAGCAUCCACAUCUGCUUCACCCCCUCCACUACAAUCACACCAUCAAAAGGGGUCUGCGAGUGGGGGAAUGUCCGAUAAUGGGAGUUCGGGAGUGAAAUCUUCAGCCACUGGUAAUGUUGGGGAUAAGGGUGGACUAGAAGAUGAUGUGACAAAUACAGUGAGUGCUGGGAAUGGGGACAAGAACUUGUCAGAAACGGAAGGGAAUGGACAGAAUGGAAGGAAAACAUCGUACUCUGCAGGUGAAGGGGAUCAUGAUGAACCCGUGUUUCGACCUCCUUCACCAAUAGCUGGGACCAGCAGUCAGCCUGAUGGUGCGGUAGAAGCCACACCGCCAUCAGCGUCAUCCCGCUCCAAGAACAAAUCAAGUGGAACCAACUGUGACAAUAACCCAGCAGCAACAAUGCGACUCAGACUUGAAAAUGAACGACUGCAGAACGAAGUAGAGCAGUUGAGGAAGCUGGUGGGGGGUGGUAUCAGCGAUUUGGAAGGAGCCAGUGCGGUAGUAGAUUUUGAUGAUCCGCUGAGGAUACAGGCUCUUGAGAUAGAGUUGCAGCAUGCGAAGGAAGCAUUAGCAGUAUUGAAAGCUGACAGGAAGAGGUUAAAAGCAGAGAAGUACGACCUGCUGAACCAGAUGAAGGAACUGUACGCAACGCUGGAUGACAAGGAGAAAGAGCUGAGAGACUUCAUCAGGAAUUAUGACAAAAUCCGGGAACAAGAUGCAUCAAUGCAGCAGCUCUCAACUGAGCGAGAAGAACGUGAGCGAGAGAGGUGGAGUUUGCUGCGUCAUGCCCGGGAUGAGGCCGAGAGAAGCCUUUCCCUUGCUGCACAGCUUGAGAUAAAGGAGCAGCAGUUGCAGCAGCUUCAAGAACAGCUGCAAGAGGCACGUCGGCAGCUGGCAGCCCAAGGUGGUGGUGGAGGCGGUGGCGGCUGUUUGUCAGACCAGGAGAGCCUUGCUUCCAUGUCCAUAUCAGUGUCACGGGUCAAUGGGUCAUCAUGUGGUCUGACGACUCCGACGUGUGGACUGCCAGGACACCCAGGGCUUUUGUCUGGUCACCAUGGUUACAACAGCAUGGGGCUGUUGCCAGGUGACAGGGGUAGUUGCAGCGCAGACUCGGGAGUUCGGGGCAGCUCGGACAGAGAGUCUGGAGGUGCCACUUCUGGUGGGGGCAAUCUCUCAGAUUCCACCACGGAUGGCACACCCACUAUGACACUGGGAGGAAGCAAUAUUGAGAUGGACUCAAUAUCUGUCCUCUCCUCCGUAACCGCACCACAUAUAUACCAAUCUGCUACCACACCAAAGGACUGCAGCCCUUCCCUCUCACCCUUAAAUGCCAACACAUUCUCAAAAUCGAUGGACAGCAGUGUUCUGUCAAGGUCUGUGGAGCAGCUCAGCAGCCCUUUGGAACUGGAAGUACGGCGGGGGUUAAAGAACCCCCAACAUCACCCUCCACCCCCUCCAGUGGUGUCCCAGCAGCAGGGACGUAGCGGUAGUCGUGGUGGUACGUGGGGCAGCAUCUCACGAGUGUUUGCAAGAAGCAGGCAUCGCAAAGUGGCAAGUCCUAGCAGCCAAGAGGAAGCAGUAGAUCCCUACCGCAGUUGGUCACCACUGACAGAGGAAGGCUAUGCAGAGAAACUUCGGUUAUUGCGAGAAGCUGCUUCCAUUCCCAUGGAGCGAUGGCGAGCUCCCACUGUCUUAGCGUGGCUUGAGAUUGCACUUGGCAUGCCCCAGUAUGGUCCUCGUUGUGCUGAGAACGUUAAAAGCGGCAAGGUGCUCUUAGAGCUGAGUGAUGUGGAACUGGAAGUGGGGUUAGGCAUCACGCACCCAAUGCACCGGAAGAAACUGCGCUUGGCCAUUGAGGAGCACAGGCAUCCAGCAUUGGUGCGGUAUCCCUGCAUUGCCCAGCUGGGUCACACCUGGGUGUCAAGUGAGUGGCUACCAGACCUUGGACUAGCUCAGUAUUCAGAGAAUUUUGCCACCAAUAUGGUGGAUGCAAGGAUGCUGGACCAUCUUAGCAAGAAGGAGCUAGAAAAGUUCCUUGGAGUCACAAGGAAGUUCCAUCAGGCAUCGGUGGUACACGGCAUCCACCUACUGCGCAUGAUGAAGUAUGACCGACAGGCUCUCGCUGUGCGAAGACAUCAGUGUGAGAGCAUUGAUGCAGACCCUCUUGUGUGGACCAAUCAGAGAUUCAUCAGAUGGGCCCGAAACAUUGACCUGGGUGAAUAUGCUGAGAAUCUCAAAGACAGUGGUGUACAUGGGGCACUAGUCGUUCUGGAGCCAUCAUUCAAUGGGGACACGAUGGCAACAGCCUUGGGUAUUCCACCGUCAAAGAACAUUAUACGACGUCAUCUGGCAACAGAGCUGGAAGCUCUUGUUCUGCCGGCAAGAGCCUCCUUUGAGCACUCUGUGCGCAUAAGCCGGGCUGAACGUAGGCGCGCGGAGAAGUUGGUUGGUGGGGGAAGUCUGGGUCGGAGCUUCUCUCGCUCUUACGCGGGCGGUUUGGCCGGGGAGGGCGGCGCUAUGAUGCAGGCGGCGGCCCCCGUACAACAACUCGCGGGAAACGAGCAAGAGAAGGAACGCCGACGUGCUAGUCUCAGAUUUUCAUCUUGGAGGAGCUCACAGGGUUCACUGAGUAGAGUCUUAGGACUGAAACUCCGCCAAGACUCGCACUCAUCCAGGCAAGAGAGGGAACGAGAUAAUCGAGAUCGGGACUCACAGACCAGCAGCAGCAGCAACUACUAUGUUGCCUCGCCUUCUUCCUCAUCAGAAAACAGUUCAUCAGUUGUUAAUUUCAGCUGCCGAUCCUCACCGCCACCCUAUCAUGGGCGGGGAUCAUCACCCUCAAGAGUUGGGGAUCACUGCCGACAUCCUCCAUCGAGGGUGAAGAAGAGACACCACCACCGGCGCGUCAAGUCCAUAGGUGACAUAGAUGCAGUCACUAUCACACCUGUCUAACUGGGCCUACAGGCUAGCCAUAGUAGGAGCCUAAGCUGGGAAUUAUAUGGUCAUGUUUUCAUGCCUGCACAUUUUAAAAUUUUAUCAAAUGGGUUGAUGGUGGCCACUACUUAAAAGAGUACACUGCCCUGGUGCUAACAAAAGCUUGCACAAUCCCAGUCAUUAAAAUAUUUAACAUUUUCUUCAACAGAUGUUAUUCAUUUUCUACAGAACCCUAAUGGAUUACAGUAUUUACUUUCAGGAAUCACGGUAUUUAUUUAGGAUUUGAGGUUCUGACACCAGUGGUUAUGAAGAGUACUGUCUUCUGGGAUAUAGUGCCAUGUUGUUCAUUGAAAUUCAACCGGCAUUUCAGAGGAACAUGCUGCCUCCAUCUACAGGGCUUUCCUCAGUAACAGUGGGUAAAUAAUUACCAGACUUCAUGGCAUCACAUCCCAGAAGACAGUAGACUUCAUAAUCACUGUCAUGUGAAUCUCAAAUUUUACUUCUUUGCAAUUAGUAACAUAGAAUUUCCAGACUCUCUGACAAAUACUGUUGGUGUCAUAAUUCUUAAAACAGUUUGAUUUAAGUUGUUACAUAAGAUGUUCAUAUUUCCAAUUACUUGUCAUAAAAUGAGCAGAAGAACAGCAUAAAUUAAUAUUAAUUCAACAAAAAUCAAAAUAAACGGGGUUUGUGAAGUGUGCCAUCUAUAAAAUCGUGCUGCCUCAGGCGUCUGCUUGAUUAGCCUAUACUGUCACACAGCCUGUCUUUUGGGGCAGUGUGAAAUAUCAGAAAUACUAACCCAUAUUCCUUUGUCUUAAAAAUGGAAACAAUUUUCAUUUCACUCCAAUUUACUCUGGAGCUGAUGAUCAUAUAAUUCCUGCAGGUCAUUGUAAGUUCUAAGAACUUUUUUCUCCAUACAGAGAGUCUGGGCAAGAUUUGCUGUAUUUAAUACUGAUAAGUGUAUCAGUGUGAAGUAAAGUGCAUAAUUCUUUUGUCAGUAAAUAGAGUGAAUGAAGCUUAGAGCAGCAAUGACUGAACAAGUUUACUAUUCUCCAGUGAAAAGAAGGCUAGGCACCACAUGUACUGUGCAGGCAGGAAGAUAUCAGUAUGAUUGUUGGAUGACCCUCCAACUCUUACCAUUUCUGUUGGUACACUAAUGCUCAUAAAAGGACAACAGAGAAUCAAGGAUGACCAUUUCUACUUACCACUCUUUGUUGGAGGACAGUAUUUUUCUUCAGUAGGUAUGAAAGUUUUCCUUCUGUACUACCUGUAAAUCUUGUCCAUUCUUUCAUUCUUUUGGAGUAAGCUGUGUUUAUUGUUAUGGCAAUUUCUCUGUUCACCAUUUGUAAUAAAUAAAUGUACCUUAUAUAUUUGCAUGCAUGAGUGUGCAAUGAGGAACUGGUUUUGCUAUUUUAUGUACUGAAAAGGACCAGAAUAUCUUAAUAUUUGUGUUAUUAUUACUAUUAUUAUUAUUCUCAUUAUUAAUACUACCAAGAGUCGUGUAACUGUUAACAGUGAUUUAUUCAAAAUGUCAGCUGUUGUUAACCAGAUUCUACAAGUAAUCCAAUUUGUGUGUCACCUCAAGUAUUCAUUUGAUGUUCAUAUUCAUGUCAGUGUUUCAUAUAACAGGAAAUUCUCUCUGUGAAAGAAAAUACUCUAUAUUUAUUGGAAUUCUAAUAUGGUAACACAGUAAAGUAAGUAAAGCUAUCCUUGUACCAGGAUGUGAAGGCCCAUAGAGU